AUGGCGCGUCAAUGCCUCUUCCUCCUCCUCCUCGUCGCCGCCGUGACGCCAUUCCGGGUGACCGGCGCCUCCAAGGACGUCACGGGGGGCUACCUUCUGUACGACUGCGAUCCGGAUCCACGGCGGUCCACCAAAGGCACCGCGUUCGGCGCCAGCCUGAGGCCGCUCCUGGCCGCCCUCCCGUCAGCCGCUGCGCCGACGAGCUUCGCCUUCCUCCAUUCCGGCGGGACCAGGCGGAGCAAUAACAGCACAGUAUUCGCCCGAGGCCUCUGCUUCGGCGAGUCCCCGGCACGGGGAGACUGCCGCGAGUGCCUGGCCACCGCCGUCGAGAGGGCCGGCCACUGCGACGGCAGCCGGCGAGCGGCCUUCUGGAACGACGGCUGCUUCCUGGCCUACUCCGACACCAACGCCUCCGUCUCCGCGCCCGCCGACGAGCGCCGCUGGAUGAGCUUCCUGACCCACGACCCCGUCGUCUACCCGAGGUUCUACGACGCGGAGACGCUGGUGGGCCUGGCGCGGUCGCUGCUGCCCCGCGCGGCGGCGAACAGCCCGGGGGUGUCAGUGCGCAUGCUGGCCGCGGCGAGCGCCGCCCUCCGGGCGAACAGCACCGUGCGCGCGGUGGCGCAGUGCGCCCCGUGGAACGUGACGGCGCCGGAGUGCGCCCUGUGCCUGGCCAAGUCGGUGCGGGACGUGCCGGGCCCCGGCGGCCUGUUCGGCGUGUUCGAGGGCGUCCGGUCAGGCGUGGCCUCGGUGCACCGGUACGACUGCAACCUGCGGUUCGAGAUAUCCGCUCCGGUGAGGCCCAUGGGAAAAGGAGCGAGGAUCCGGAAGAAGAUUCGAGAUAACCUUGUCGUUGUCAUAGUUGUCGCCGUCGUGAUCGCGGUCGCCGUCGUCGCCGGAGCAGCUUUUAUCCUUGUGAGGCGAAAGAAGAAGAUGAAGAAGGAGGCUCAAGCUGGCGUCUCCUCCAACACCUAG